AUGAACGAAAUCAUCAAGAUGCGACGGCAUACGAUGAUCUUCGACAUCGUCGUCUUCGGCUGUGGGGAAUCCUAUGCGUAUGGGCUCCCGCCAUCAUAUGGGCUGGAGAUGGGUCGUUGCUUCGAACAUCUCAUUGCUGGGGGUGUGAGGUGCGUUUCGACGUGCAUGCCCUCCAUGGCAAGUACGAGGUACGACAAACUCCACAUGACGGACCUCCCAUCGAAUCGAACACUGAUGAUAAAGUUCUUGAGGUCCAUGAUUCGAGCCCAUUUGAUCGUGACACAGAUCGAAGAAUUGGAGCCACUCUUGCGCCAAAAGGCGUCAUUCUUGGACGCAGACCCCGAGGAGCGCAUCAAGAUCGUCUAUCAAUACCCGAACCUGGCCCAGUUCAAAUUCGCUCUCUCCAAGACGGACCAAGUCCAGGCGGCUCUCACCCAAGCGGCACUUCCAGUUUCUCUCGCCCAAGAAGCCCAGACUGCUGAUGAGCAUCUCAUGGACUACAUGGCCGAACUGAAUGAAGUCGCCGAGGAUGAAGCCACCCGGGAGGGUGCGCCGCAACCCAUUGAGUUUACGGAGAGUGACCUCAAGUCCAUUGUGCCAGUCUUUAAAGACGACGUGGAUUCUGAUGAGGAAGAAGCCAGGUUGAGGGAGCAUCUCCAGGCAGAUUUUGAUGACGCUGCCGAUGCUGACUGGUCUUCUGUGCACAGCGAGGCAACGGAAAACAUCCCUGGACUCGAUGAGUGGGAGGCCAUCGACGACUCCCGCCCCGACAUUGUGCACAACAUCUUUGAUCGUGAGGACAAUGUCGAGAGCCACACUGAGGUGGACUAUGGGGCAGGCAAUGAAGAAAAUGUGGAGCCGGUUGAUGAGUUCGCUGACGCCAUCGUGAUCCAGGACGACGCCAUGGACGUUGACAAGAACGAGGCCGAGACCAAGGAUGAUGCCGGGGCCCUGGACGAUGUCAUGGUGAUUGAAGAGCCAGAGACCGGCCACCCUGCGGUUGAGGUCACGACUGAAGAGUCCAAGGCGCCUGAGGCUGAGGGGGCUGUUGCCGGGGGGGACCCUGUGCCUGUUGUUGAUGUUGAGAAAACGGAAGGCAACGUCAUUGCUUCUGAGACUGUUGCUGCCGAAGCCAACACCACCACAGCUGAGGGGUCAAAGCUCGCCGGGAGGCCUGCCAAUGUUGAGAAAGCCGCAUCGUCAUCAGUGAAGCCCAAGCCUGAGGUGAAGAAGAAGCCAUUGAGCCAUCACACAGCCAAGGCACCCACUGGGAUGAUCGAUGAUGCAGCCAAGCUCAAGCUCGAGCAGGCGAAGGAAAGGCUUGAAGAUUCUGUAUGGCUUGAUCCGACUGACUUGAACAGCAGGAUCCCGUACAAGAACAUCAAUGCCAAUGGCCGUCUCCGAGAAAUCUCAGGGAAAAUGUCGAUGUUCCUCCGUGGCCACGCCCUUGCUGAUGGUUACCCAUCACCGGAGAUGGACUUCACUGACUUGUCAAUGGAUUGGGUCGAGCUGCGCAACCACUUAGGAGUGGAGCCCGGAAAAUUCUUUUCGCUGGUCAAGCCCAAAGCCCUUUCAGGUGUCAUCCGUGACAUGGAGGCUGCCGAAGGCAUCGAAUCUGAGGAGAUGAAGAACUACUUGUUUGCCUACUAUGCGGCGGUCUCCAACUCCGAAGUCAUCGAAGGACGUGGAAAGGGAAAGGGCAAAAACCGAGGAAAAGGAAAGGGUCGCCACCCGGGAGGGAAGGCCGGUGUCAUCACUCAGAUGAAGAUCGAAGAUCUGAAAUACCGAGACUGCGUCACCGCACAAAAGGUGACAAUUCCCUUCAGGAAGUGUGAAAAGUGCGACCACAACAUGCUCGAUGGCACUGCCAAAUGCCCAUCUUGCUACGUGUCGAUGGAGGCAUGGAGUGACAAUCGUGUGGCAACUGAAGUCUGCCGGUUGGAAAGCCGUGCCGCGGAAAUCCAUGGCGUGUUCGCCCUCAGCCAAGUUAGCCAGGUGCAGCCCAGAAAGCACCGGGCCGGAUCUGAGGCACGUCAAAGGAACCGUGCAGGGCGCUCCAAUUUCGGAGUCAUGAAAGACGGGGCGAAGAAGGAAGUCAAAAAGCUCAAAAAGACUGGCUUCGCAACCAUCAAAGAGAGGAUGGAGAAUGACCCGUUUUUUAUGUAUAAUUGCAGUAUUGCCCAACUUACUCCUCCAUGUUGUGACUUCCUCCACAGACUCGGAAGUUGCAUUUCUCCGGACGUGGGGCGAUCAUUUGAGGCCAGAAGAGAGGGCAAAGGCACUGACGUCAGGACGAGGCUGGUCUUCAUGCCGUUUGAGAACAGAGACCACGCAAAGCCCCUCGACGUAUCCAAGGAGGCAAUGGUGUGCCACUCUGGCAGGUUCUUCAGCCUGGCUCAGUUCGCAGUUUACACUUCGAAACUGGCUCCAGCGCGAGGGGAACCCGCGCCGUCUCUUUUUGGAUUCUCUGGCAGCCUCUUGGUCCUCGAUGAUCAGCCGCUCAAGGAAAACUAUGACGAUCUCGUCAACUUCGCGAUCCAAAACUGGACCGACAAUCACGGUGCCUUGGAUUGGAAUGUUCACACUGAUGAGCCCCUUGCUGAGGCAAGUGAAGUGACAUUCCCGGCAGCCAUGGGUCCAGUGAAGACGGAAGGGUUGAUUGACAACCCACGCCGGAACUUCGAUCCAAGGAUCACGGAGAGAUAUCGUCCCGAGGCCACAACUUGGAGAAUGUCCUCAUACGAUGAGCCACAGGAGGGCUGUUAUCGAUGUGGAGCCCAAGAUCAUUGGCAAAGGGACUGUCCUUAUCGCGGCAUGGGCGCUCACUACACGCGUCGUGUUCAAAGAGGAGAAUGGGGAUAUGCCCGAGACGAGAGUGGCGGCCAUCGCAGAUCAGGGUGGUAUGCCGACCAAUGGCGUUAUGCUGACAGCUGGCGUCAAUGGAACUAUGGGUACGAGGACAGAAGGUGGGGCAAAGGAAAGAACGAUCCCAAGGGCAAAACUCACGACACAAGCUACGUCAAAGGACCUGCCAAAGGAAAAGGCAAGGGAAAAGGACGCAGCUACUCGGGAGGGUAUGCCGCAGAUCGUGAACGUGAAAGAUCUCCACCUCCAUCUGGUGGUGCAUCUUCGUCCACGGGACCUCCACCUCCAAGUUAUCGUCCUGGGCGCAACACAAGAAUCAUUGAUGCUACGACCCAUGAAACCCGGACGAGCCAUGAUGUGAUCAGAGAACGUGUCGUGGAAGAAGCCGAUGGCACUAUGUACACUGAGAUCACCCUUCCUGAUGGCACUGUUGAACGGGAUUAUUGGUAA